CCGAUACCUUGGGCAAGCAUACAAGACGUAGGAAGUGAACCAGAAACCGCCCGAUACCCUGGGCAGGCAUCGGCGUCCGUCCGUUAAUCCCAGCGCAUACUAUGUUGGCACACAGUUGGCACUCGUCCAGACAGACUGUUCCUCCAAUUCCCUCCACCCCCUCCUAAACCAAACCAAAGAACCCUAUAAACCAAAACCAAAACCAAAAAACCACCCCAAAAACACCCAAGAUUGGCAGCAGCAGGAGCAACAAUGGCAGUAUAUAUAACAGUGGCUCCAACCAGGCACCACCACCACCUCCACCUCCACCACUGUAGCCUCACGCGUCAUACGCUGCCUACGCUACCCCCGGGGGGCCACGCGCACCACCACCACCACCGCGGCAUCGGCAGCCGCUGCGGCAGCAACAGCAAAAGCAAAUUCCUUUCUCCUCCUCCUUCUCCUCCUCCUCCUCCUCCUCCUCCUUCUUCUUCUUCUUCUUCUUCUUCCUCGCCGUCCGUUUGGUUCUUGUUGGAGAGGGGGAGGGGUGGGGGGGUGGGGUGGUGGUGGUGGUGGUGGACUUGAUGACUGCCCCGAACAUCGAGAUGAUCGCCUCGUCGCUGCGCAACUGCUCCCUCAACGGCGGGGGAGGAGGAGGAGGAGGGCGGCGCAGGGGGAGGCGCGCGGCGGCGGCGGAGGGGAGCGACGACAGCGAGGGGGUCACCGUCGAGCUCAACUCCGAGGUCGCCCUGCCCUACCACUGGGAGCAGUGCCUCGACAUCCGGACGGGGCAAGUUUACUACAUCAACUGGGAGGACGGCACCCGGACGACCAUCGAUCCGCGCUCGUCGUCGGCGUACUCGCCGUCGCCGGCGUCGCGGUCCGCGUCGUCCUCCUCCCGCCGCUGCUCGCGCGCGCGGGGCCGCGGCGGCGGAGGCGGCGCCGCCGCCGCGGCGUCGACCACCACGUCGUCGGGGUACACCUCCGUGUCGUCCGUGGGCGCGGUCACCGCGGCGGCGGCGGCGUGGCGCUCGCACGACAGCAGCGGGCACGGCUACGGCUACGGCUACGGCUACGGCAGCUAUGGCUACGGCUACGGCUACGACGGCCGCGACGGCGACGACGAGGAGAGCAGCAGCAGCAGUAGCAGCAGCAGCAGCAGCAGCAGCAGCGCCAGCAGCAGCCGGGGCUCCGCCGUGUCGUCCACGCUCUCGUCGUUCUCCCCCACCGACGAGUCGGCCUCCGGCGCCGGCAGCGGCUACGCCGUCGGCGACAACGGCGCCCACGUCCUCGUCGCCGCCGGCUGCCGGGCUUGCUUCAUGUACUUCAUGGUGCCGAAGACCGCCGACGUGUGCCCCAAGUGCGGCAGCUCCGGCCUCCUCCACCUCAGCCGCAACGGCUACGUCUGAGCCUCCGCCGCCGCCGCCGUCCCCGCGCCGCCGCUCGCCGCCGCCGAGUUCCGCAAUUCACUAAUUGUAGGGGGGCCUUCUCGCAAUUGUGCAUGCUCUGUUAGAGAGAACUUCCAAAGGGAAAAAAAAUAUUGAGAGAGAGAGAGAGAAGAGUUUUUGGCGAGAAGGUCCCCAAGUUUCGCCAUUAUUACCUACAUUGCACUCCAAUGUAUGGGAGGAGACCCAUCUCUAGAAUUCUUGUUUUCCUUCCAUUGUUUCUUGGUUGUCUCCUCUCUUUUUUUUUUCUUUUUCUUUUUUCUUUUUCUGUUCCAGUUUGUGAGACUAACCCCCUUUUUCCCCCUUCACAUUUCCCUUUACCUUUUCAAGGAUGAACAUUUGUAACCCUGAUUUCCAUUCUUGAGCUAGCUGGAGCUGGGGUCAUGCAACAACUAGUUACUAAUUAGUGCAUUAAAACCAUCUGCAGGUUCUUGUCUGGAUUA